GCAAGAAAAAAAAAGCUUCGACUCCUUUCCAUUCUCUCUCUCAUUUGCCUGCUGAUGAGAGAGAGAGAGAGAGAGGAGAGAGAGAGAGCAUUUGGUUUUACUAACUUGGGUUUAUUUGUAAUUGAAUGAAGAUUGUGGGGACUCAAUUUUCAUUUUUUUGUUUUUAUUUUUAGUAUAUUUUGGAUUAUUUUCUCCUUUUCGUCAGGAGUUUUUUCAGGAAGGGUUAUCCGCCAAUUACGGUUACCAAGGACAGUUGGGGGUAGGCAGCAGGUGGAGGGAAUUUUGGUUUAAUGGCUGAUCUAACUAAAGAAAAAGCAGUUCCUCAAGUCCUCGAUAAAAGGGACAUUGAGAAAGACGAGGAGGAGAAAGAAGAGGGGGAGAGAGAGAUGGCACCAGCGCCAAAUUCCAUUCAUCGAUCAAGCUCCCGGCCGCAGCUUGAUCUCAGCGGUGCCGCCAUCCAAGGCAAUUUUGAAGAGCGGAAUCCAACAAUUCUGUUGCCUAACCAGUCUGAUGACAUCUCUCAUCUGGCUCUGGACAUUGGAGGGUCUCUGAUUAAGUUGGUCUAUUUCUCAAGACGUGAGGAAAAUUCAGCUGACGACAGGAGGAGAAGGACCAUAAUGGAGAGGCUGGGGAUAUCCAAUGGUAAUAGGAGGAGCUAUCCUAUUCUUGGCGGGCGACUCCACUUUGUGAAGUUUGAGACUGGGAAUCUGAAUGAGUGCUUGGAUUUUAUUUCUUCCAAGCAGCUUCAUCGUGGUGGGAUUGAUUCACAUUCGUGGCGUUCUGGGAAUCCUUCUAAUGACAAUGCAAUAAUUAAGGCCACAGGUGGUGGAGCAUCCAAAUUCGCGGAUAUCUUCAAAGAGAGGCUCGGGGUUAGUAUUGACAAGGAAGAUGAAAUGGAUUGUCUUGUAGCUGGGGCAAAUUUUUUGCUUAAGGCAAUCCGGCAUGAAGCUUUCACCCACAUGGAGGGCCAGAAGGAAUUUGUGCAGAUUGACCACAACGAUUUGUUUCCCUACCUUCUUGUUAAUAUUGGUUCUGGUGUCAGCAUAAUCAAGGUGGAUGGAGAUGGGAACUUUCAGCGGGUCAGUGGGACGAAUGUUGGAGGUGGUACUUAUUGGGGCUUGGGAAGGCUUUUAACAAAGUGCAAGAGCUUUGAUGAGCUGCUGGAGUUGAGUCAAUGGGGAGAUAAUAGAACAAUAGACAUGCUUGUUGGAGACAUCUAUGGUGGUAUGGACUAUUCCAAGAUUGGGCUCUCAGCAUCAACCAUUGCUUCCAGCUUUGGAAAGGCAAUUUCUGAAAAUAAGGAGCUUUCAGACUACAGACCUGAAGAUAUUUCCCUUUCCCUCUUGCGAAUGAUUUCAUACAACAUUGGGCAGAUCUCCUACUUGAAUGCACUUCGCUAUGGGCUCAAGCGGAUCUUUUUUGGAGGAUUUUUCAUACGCGGUCACGCAUACACCAUGGACACUAUCUCCUUUGCAGUAAAGUUCUGGUCGAAAGGUCAAGCACAAGCAAUGUUUUUACGCCAUGAAGGAUUUCUGGGAGCUCUGGGUGCUUUCAUGAGCUAUGAAAAGCAUGGUCUUGAUGACUUGAUGGUGCAUCAGUUAGUGGAACGAUUUCCAAUGGGUGCUCCUUACGUGGGAGGAAAGAUUCACGGCCCGCCACUUGCGGAUCUGAAUGAAAAGAUAUCAUGGAUGGAGAAGUUUGUGCAGAAAGGUACCGAGAUUACUGCUCCUGUGCCAAUGUCCCCACCUGGAACCACUGGUGUUGGAGGAUUUGAACGACCCUCUUCCCGGGGAGACUCUUUACGUUCUGAUGCAAGCGCUACUUUGAAUGUUGGUGUCCUUCAUCUGGAACCCACGUUGGAGGUGUUUCCAUUACUGGCAGACCCAAAGACGUACGAACCCAACACGAUCGAUCUUUCAGAUCAUGGCGAGCUUGACUAUUGGUUCACCGUGCUAUCGGAGCAUAUGCCCGACCUUGUUGAUAAGGCAGUAGCUAGUGAAGGUGGGACUGAUGAUGCUAAAAGAAGAGGCGAUGCAUUUGCUCAUGCAUUUUCUGCUCAUUUGGCAAGGUUGAUGGAAGAGCCUGCUGCUUAUGGUAAGUUAGGCCUGGCCAAUCUUUUGGAGCUAAGGGAAGAGUGCUUGAGAGAGUUCCAGUUUGUGGAUGCGUAUAGAAGCAUUAAACAGAGGGAAAAUGAGGCAUCUCUUGCUGUUUUGCACGACCUUCUGAUGGAACUUGAUGGCAUGAGUGAGGAGACAAGACUGCUUGCUCUUAUUGAAGGUGUCCUUGCCGCAAAUAUCUUUGAUUGGGGAUCCCGCGCUUGUGUGGAUCUUUACCAUAAAGGAGCUAUCAUUGAAAUAUAUCGAAUGAGUCGCAAGAAGAUGCAACGACCUUGGCGGGUGGAUGAUUUCGAUGCUUUCAAGGAAAUGAUGUUGGGUUCUGGAGACAAGAAGCCUAAACCACAUAAAAGAGCGCUGCUCUUCGUAGACAACUCAGGUGCUGAUAUUGUUCUUGGGAUGCUUCCACUGGCACGUGAACUCCUUCGUCGGGGGACUGAGGUUGUUCUUGUCGCAAAUUCCUUGCCUGCGCUAAAUGAUGUGACCGCAAUGGAAAUUCCCGAAAUCGUAGCUGAGGCUGCAAAGCAUUGCGAUAUCCUCCGCAAAGCUGCCGAAGCAGGAGGGCUACUUGUGGAUGCGAUGGUAAAUAUUCAGGAUGGUUCUAUAGAAAACUCAGCUCCAGUUCCUUUAAUGGUAGUUGAGAACGGAUGUGGAAGUCCAUGCAUAGACCUCCGACAGGUCAGCUCAGAGCUUGCUGCUGCUGCAAAAGAUGCCGAUCUGAUAAUCUUGGAAGGAAUGGGUCGCUCUCUUCAUACAAACUUCAAUGCUCAUUUUAAAUGCGACGCUCUAAAGCUUGCAAUGGUGAAGAAUCAAAGACUGGCCGAGAAGUUGGUUAACGGGAAUAUAUACGAUUGUGUCUGUCGUUUCGACCCGGCCAUUUGAAAUUCUCUGUUAGCCGUUUAUGCUGAUGUCAGUGGGCCCACAUAUGAUUUGAACAGUGUUGGCCCCCAUACCACUGCCUUAGGAUGUGUUAUGAUUUAUGUAAAUCAUAUUUUGAGAAUUGUGUACUUGUAUUAUUCAGAAGAGGGUGAGCCAAUUGCUGAAAUAUCCCUGAAUUUUUUGAAAUGCCAAUAGAUCACAUUAGUUAUUACUGUA